GAAUUGGCAGCAUUCUGGAAUAAAAUAUUUUAGUGUUUUUUCCUUAACCCUCACCAUGGCUCAGAGCCUAACAGCCGUUUUACUAAAGAAAGCCAGAGGCCCCAGUGCAGUCCCUGCUCACCCACCCCUGGCUCCCAUCAGAGCAGCUCUUAAACCUGCAGCGGGGAUAGAGAAGGUAGAAAAAGCACCGUUCAGAGAGAAACUUAGGUUUCCUCUAAGGAAGAAGGCUCCCAUGCUGGGGCGUGAAAAGUCCUGUCCUCGGGCACAGUUAGGGCGCGGCGACCCGGCGUAAGGCCUCGGGCUUUUGACAGAGGCCUGGUGCUGGGGGCUGGGGCGGCCGCCAGCUGCAGCCUCAGCCCCUCUCUCUGCCUCGGCUCAGGGUUGGGGCUGCUUACCCUGGGACAGCCAGGUUCACCCAAAGUCCUCUUCCUUAACGCAUGUUCACCUUUGGCCUAUUUACCUUUCCUCUGUGGCCUCGAUUCUGCUAGAGCAGGCCCUGUGGAAACCCAGUCAGCCUCAGGAUGCCCCAGAAGCCCUGGUGGUUAAGCGCCCAACUCUGGAUUUCAGCACCGGCCCUGAUCUUAGACUCACUCCGCACUGGGCUCCAUGCUGGGCACGGAGUCUCUCCCUCUGCCCUUUCCUGUCGGGUGUGGUCAGCAAACCCAGAGACAGCGAAUGAAAAGAUGACCCCAGACGCCAGAGCAGGAGGAAGGAGAGGGCGAGGGGACCAGACGCUCUAGUGGGGAAGGGUCUUGAGCCAAGCUCUGUCCACAGUGUUACUGUGAGUCUUAAACGCACACCUGGCAGGAGGACGUAGCUGUAACCAUGGGGACAGCGGUGUGUGGCAGCAGGUGGGGGGAGAGCCUGGGUGCUGGGCCCGGAGGUCAUGAGGGUCGUGACCGCCACAGGUGCCGCGAUUCACUGCCUGGAUGGGAGCUUUGAGGCACAGUAGGAGUCUGGCCGCGCUCAGCCGAGGAGCUUGUUGGAAGCAGGCUCAGCGUUCCAGGCCCUCCUCCUCUGCUUUCAGUUUGUCUCGUCCAGGGAGGCGUGGAGAAGUCCGAUUUGUCUUCUCCAGACGCUGUGAAUGCGCACACCUCCCCACCUCCUCAUCUCCCCACCGCCGCCCACACUCCUGCACUCUCCAGAAAGAAAAAACCCAGUGAGCCUCAGAAACUGCUCUGAGCCCAGUUCAGAAACUUGCUUCUGGGCACGCCGAUUACUGCUUCUGUGCGCACGGGUGUGCCACGAGCCGGGUUCGCUGUGAUGAAGAUGAGGAACCCACCCGUGAACAGCCUCAGCCUGGAGUUCCUGACCGAGCUGCUCAUCAGCCUGGAGAAGCUGGAGAGCGACAAGGCCUUCCAUGCCAUCAUCCUCACGUCGGACUGCCCCGGCAUCUUCUCCGCCGGCCUGGACCUGAUGGAGAUGUGCGGGAGGGACCCCACGCACUACGCCGAGUACUGGAAGGCCGUGCAGGAGCUGUGGCUGCGGUUCUACCUGUCCCAUCUGGUGGUGAUCUCAGCUAUCAACGGAGUCAACGCCGCUGGGGGCUGCCUGUUGGCCCUCUCCUGCGACUACCGGGUCCUGGCUGACAACCCCAAGUACGCCAUGGGGCUGAACGAGACUCUGCUGGGCAUCAUCGCCCCCUUCUGGUUCAAAGACACGCUGGUGAACACCGUGGGGCACCGCACCGCGGAGCGCGCCCUGCAGCUGGGCCUGCUCUUCCCGCCCGCCGAGGCGCUCCAGGUGGGCAUGGUGGACAAGGUCGUGCCCGAAGACCAGGUGCUGAGCGCGGCGCGGUCGGAGCUGGCCCAGUGGCUGGCCAUCCCCGGCCACGCCCGGCAGCUGACCAAGAGCCUGAUGCGCAAGCCCACAGCCGACCGCCUGCUCAAGGAGCGCGACGCGGACAUCCAGAACUUCGUCCGCUUCAUCUCCAGAGACGCCAUCCAGAAGGCCCUGCGCGUCUACUUAGAGAAGCUCAAACAGAAGAAAACCUAAGGGCGGGGCUGCCUGCGUGGGGCUUGUGGCCGGAUGCGCCCCCCGGGGCCCUCGGGCGGUUUUAAACAAGCUGUUUUCCAGUGUAAA